GACAUCGCCGCCACCCGCGCCUACUUCAUGGCGCUGCAAGAUCGGAUCUGCACCGCCCUCGAGAAGCUUGACGGCGGGCAGCGUUUCGACGCCCUUGAGCUACUCGGCGAACGCGGCGGACUGGCUCGGCCGCGGGUGCUAUCGGAUGGCCGGGUGUUGGAACGGGCGGCGGUCAAUUUCUCGCACACCGCGGGCGCCGAGCUGCCGUCGGCGGCCACGGCGCGCCAUCCCCAGCUUGCCGGUUGUGGCUUUGAAGCGGUAUCGAUCUCUUUGAUCGUCCAUCCGCGCAACCCCUACGCGCCGACUUCGCACGCAAAUCUGCGCCUUUUUGGCGCCCGGCGUAGCGAUCAAGAAGUCGCGUGGUGGUUCGGCGGCGGCUUCGACCUGACGCCGUACUACGGCUUCGACGAGGAUGCCCGCCAUUGGCAUGCCACCGCCGAGGCUGCUUGCCGGCCCUUCGGCGAGCAGAUCUACCCGCGCUUCAAGGCCGCCUGCGACGAGUACUUCUACCUGCCUCAUCGCGCUGAAACCCGUGGGGUUGGCGGUUUGUUCUUCGACGAUCUCGCCGAGCCCGACUUUGCUGGUUGCUUUGCUCUGGUGCGGUCGAUCGGCGACGCCUUCCUGCCGGCCUAUCUGCCGAUUGUCGAACGUCGCCGCGAGCAGCCGUGGGACGAGCGGCAGCGCGAAUUCCAGCUCUACCGGCGGGGGCGGUACGUGGAGUUCAACUUGCUCUAUGACCGCGGCACCUUGUUUGGGCUGCAGGCUGGCGGCCGGGUCGAGUCGAUCCUGGCUUCAUUGCCGCCGCAGGUGCGGUGGCUCUACGACCCGCAAUUCGAGGACGGCAGCCCAGAGCAACAGCUCGCCGAGCGCUUUCUAGUGCCGCACGAUUGGUUGGGCGAAGCCUAG